CUCUGCCUGCCACACCUGCCAGCAAUCAACUCCAUCCCUGCCAGUAUUUCACCUCCAGUUCUCCACACAAUCUCCACUUGAUAGUCGUUGCUCCAAACCUGGUGCCACUUAUUCACUCAAGCUCUUGCGUAACCUGCAUCAUCUUUGUUUUCCUGUUCUUGGUUUUCCCCUCUGUCUUCCCUCCAUGUUCACUCACCUCCAUCCUCCGUUGUGUCAGCUGGGCUUGCCACCGUGCCCUCUCCCGUCGGACCUCCUCCACGGCGUUCUCCCGGCUCUUUCCCGUGCCUAGCCAGUCAGCCUGCCACCACUUGACCAAAUUUCCCAGCUAAACAAGGGGAAAGUGGCAACAGGGGCUAGAUUUUAUUCUAUUCCAAAAAAAAUCUGGUCUCUGUUUUGAAUCAUUCUCAUUACAGUAAACAAAAAACUGGGAUUGUGCUAUAAAGAUGGACACUAGACAUAAGUUAUAGUUAACACAUAGUUAAGACCGGUUGUUUAAGGGGGCUUUCACACCUACCUCGUUUGGUCCGAACCAAAAUUUCAGGUGUGAAACGGACCACGGUCCGGACCAAACUUGGUCCGACGAAAAGAGGUAGUCUCGGUCCGGAUCAAACUGAACAUGGUUCAGUUCGUUUCUAGUGUGAAAGCAUUUUUUGGAUGAUUCGGACUUUCAGACUAUUUACAGGAUGGUCCGGUUUUCCCCGUGUAAACCGGAAACAACCGAGAGAAGACGACGAAAAUGAGCCGCGGUAGCACUUGGGGAGAGGAGGAGACAAAGUUUUUAAUUGAAAUAUGGUCGGACGACAUAAUAAAAAGUCAACUGGAAAAAACGUACAAAAGUGCGGACACUUUUCAAGUAUUUUCGGAGAGGAUGGUAGAGAGAGGGUAUGGGAGGACGGGAGAGCAAUGCCACCUGAAGAUAAAGAAACUGCGGCAGCAGUAUGCAAAGGUGUGUGAUGCCAUGAGAAAAAGUGGUGCGUUGACAAAUGCGAAGGACAAGUGUCCUUUUUAUGACGACCUGGAGAGCAUCCCAGGCACUCACCCAACAAGCUCACCCUUAAAGGUGGUGGAGUCUUCCCCACCUGCCUCAACUUCAAGUGCAUCUACUGAUGAGGUCAGUGCCACAGAAAACACUUACGGAAUUGUUGAGUACUUAACAUUUACUAACUAUUCAAAGGUAGCCAAGUUUUCUUUGGCUGUGCUUCUCAUUUAUACUGUCAUACUGCAAAAAUAUUUAAUUCAGCGUUCAUUAUUGUUUCAACAGAGUACAGCGUAUGUUCUCAAAAACACAAACAUAGCCUAUGAACUAUGGUGUAGGCUAAUUGAUAAGAAAACGUUGAAAACAAUCAUUUUUAUCAUGAUGAUUAAAUUGUAUUCUAUUGUAGAUUUUCAACAAUACAGGAGACAGGAGAGGGAGAAUGCCACUCUGGAAAAGUGGAUGAAAAUGCAGAAGGAGAUUGAGGAGACGCCCUUCAGGAUGCUGCAAAUGCUGUGUUCAUGAACUUCAUGCAGACCUUAAUACAAAGCAUGUCUCACCACAGCUAAGCGCUACACCAUGCAGCAUCCUGGGGUCCCCAAAAUCCCCAAUAUCAUCCACCACCUCCAGCUCCUGGACUGGGUUGCACAGCCGUCUCCACACCUACCAACUCUGCAGGCCCAACCUACAAACCCAUUUGAUCUGACCCCACGUGUCCUGUAUCCAAAUGAUAGUGGUGAACCAAGUGAGAAGCAGAAGAAAUUCUUUAAUUGUAAUUUAUUUUCAGUUAUGCAGUCGUAAUUUAUUUUACUGAACAGCACCCAGCACUUUUCAUUUGCCCAGCACUGUAUGCUGUAUUUAUGAUGCUGUGUUUUUACUUUUCAUUUGACCUUCUAUACAGUAUAGCUGUAUCGAUUUUAUAUUUUACAUGGCCAAGUCUGUUCGGAGCUGAAAACAAAAACAUUUAUGCAGAGACGUUGAAGUGAAUGUCACAAGAGCCAUAUUUUCUCAGUUAAUACCUGUUUGGCUCUGUUUGAGUCUGCCUUAUGUCUUUGGUGCUAAAGUUGAUCCCUAAAAGUGUUAAUAUUGGGAAAGUUAUUUUAUUUUUCUAUAAUAAAUGUUGACAAAA